CGCCACAGUUGCCGCCCUACCCUUCUGACAGGCUUUCCUUGCAUCUGGUACCCUGCCUCCAGCAGUACAAUGCACAUCACCGCGGCAACGGGUGUGUUUGGGGGGGGGGGCCUGGGGCGCCUCAGGCGGAAGCUGAGAUGACGUGCGAUCUCAGCGAGGAGACAGCGCUAGCUUUGUGCUAGCUGUGUCUGCGCACCCCAACCGGAAGUCAGGAGGCGCGGCCGGCCGGUGAACAUGGCGGCGGGCUCUGCGUCCUCCCUGGGCGCCGCCGCGUGGCCCGGCUCUGAGGCUGGGGACUUCUUGGCCCGCUACCGGCAGGUGUCCAACAAGCUCAAGAAGCGCUUCCUGCGGAAGCCGAACGUGGCCGAAGCCGGGGAGCAGUUCGCACAGCUGGCCCGCGAGCUGCGCGCCCAGGAGUGCCUGCCCUAUGCCGCUUGGUGCCAGCUGGCUGUGGCGCGCUGCCAGCAGGCUCUCUUCCACGGGCCGGGGGAGACGCUGGCUCUCACGGAAGCGGCCCGACUUUUCCUGCGGCAGGAGUGCGACGCGCGCCAGCGCCUGGGCUGUCCGGCCGCCUAUGGCGAGCCUCUACAGGCGGCCGCCAGCGCCCUGGGCGCCGCCGUGCGUCUUCACCUCGAGCUGGGCCAGCCUGCCGCCGCCGCCGCUCUGUGUCUCGAGCUGGCCGCCGCCCUUCGCGCCCUGGGCCAGCCGGCCGCAGCUGCAGGUCACUUUCAGCGCGCUGCUCAGCUGCACCUGCCCCUGAUGCCACUGGCUGCGCUGCAGGCGCUCGGCGACGCUGCCUCCUGCCUGCUGCUGGCGCGAGACUACACCGGCGCCCUGGCGCUCUUUACACGCAUGCAACGUCUGGCACGGGAGCAUGGCGGCCACCCGGUGCAGCACUCCGAGCUUCCACUGCCUUCGCCGCCUCCUCCUGGGCUUCCACCGCCGGCCCCUCCAGGACCCCAGCCAAGACCUGGCUCCGAGCCGACCCCGCCCCUCCCGCUGCUCCCGGACCCCGCCCCAGGCCCAGCUGAGCCUUGUCCUGGUUCACUGGGUGCCUUCGCAGAUGUCCUUGUCAGGUGCGAGGUGUCCCGCGUGCUGCUGCUGCUGCUCCUGCAACCACCGCCGGCAAAGCUGCUGCCUGAGCAUGCCCAGACCCUGGAAAAGUACUCCUGGGAGGCUUUUGACGGCCACGGCCAGGAUAGCAGCGGCCAGCUUCCCGAGGAGCUGUUUUUGCUAUUGCAGUCCCUGGUCAUGGCUGCCCAUGAAAAGGACACGGAAGGCAUCAAGAAGCUGCAGGUGGAGAUGUGGCCGCUGCUGUCUGCGGAGCAGAACCACCUCCUUCACCUCGUUCUGCAGGAAACCGUCUCUCCCUCUGGCCAGGGUGUGUGAUAAGUCACCUGAACCAAACAGUAUUUGCUCCUGGUACCAACUGGUUUCAUCUUUGGGGACAGGUGAUGGAAGAUGUGAUCUUGUUUCUGUUUUUUUCCCGUUUCUACUGACACCAUGGUAGUUUAGCUCUGUGGGCUUCGCUUGUUGCAUAAAUUAGUGCCCUCCAGGUCCAAACAUACUGCCUCAAACGAGGUAACUUCAUCCUCAAGGCUGAACGCGAUUCCAUUGUGUGACAAUCUGCUUUCUUUAUGCAUUAGUCUGUUGCUGGAUACUGUGUUGAUUCCUUUCCCUAGCUGUUCUGAGUAUAGAGACAAUAAACACUGGAGGACAGAUGAUCCCUUGGCAAA